UAUGAAGUAGAUUAUCUGAGACAGCAGAGGAAUUGUGAGUUGCCACCAAACCCCACCAGAAGCUUCUGGUUCUGGUGCUGUGACCAGUCUAUUUUCAAAGGUAUUUCUUUGAAAUGGAAGAACAGCAGAAGGCAGGCCUGCAAACCACUCUCAGAAAUAUCAAAGGACGUGUCCUUGUCAACAACUUGUCAGUCCUCUGGCCAGUGGAAAACCAGCAGGCCUGCGAGUCGGAGGAGGGGUCCAGUCAUGAACCUCAGGCGCAUAAAUCAGCACUUCCUGCCACUGUUACAUUGUGCCCUCCGUGGACUACAAAACAGCCUCUCCUGACCGCUUCCCUCUGCUGCAACCCGGCAGCCAGAGUGAGCCGCCAGACUCGGGCACACACCAGGUCAUUCAGCUCAGAAAGCUCCGGCGGCUGUGCCAUCGUUCAUCCAAAGCCAGUGUCCUCAGAGUGGCCUGUAGACAAGGGGACCAUCAGCGUUGGCAUCGAUGCCACUGACCUCUUCGAUCGCUACGAGGAGGAGUAUGAAGAUGUGUCCGGAAGUGGCUUUCCGCAGAUUGAAAUUAACAAGAUGCACAUCUCCCAGUCCAUCGAGGCACCCUUGACGGCCACAGACACAGCCAUCCUCUCUGGAAGCCUCUCGACCCAGAAUGGGAACGGAGGGGGUUCCAUCAACUUCGCGCUCAGACGAGUCACUUCCGCGAAGGGAUGGGGAGAGCUAGAAUUUGGAGCUGGGGAUCUGCAGGGGCCUCUCUUUGGUCUGAAGCUGUUCCGUAAUCUCACGCCAAGAUGCUUUGUGACCACCAACUGUGCCCUGCAGUUUUCGUCCCGCGGAAUCCGGCCGGGCCUCACCACCGUGCUGGCUCGGAACCUGGACAAGAACACCGUGGGCUACCUGCAGUGGCGGUGGGGUAUCCAGUCGGCCAUGAACACGAGCAUCGUCCGGGACACCAAGACCAGCCACUUCACUGUGGCCCUGCAGCUCGGAGUCCCUCACUCCUUCGCACUCGUCAGCUACCAGCACAAGUUCCAGGACGAUGAGCAGACCCGCGUGAAAGGCUCCCUUAAGGCAGGCUUCUUCGGGACGGUGGUGGAGUACGGGGCCGAGAGGAAGAUCUCCAGGCACAGCGUCCUGGGCGCGGCCGUCAGCAUUGGAGUCCCACAGGGCGUGUCUCUCAAGGUCAAGUUAAACCGGGCCAGUCAGACUUACUUCUUCCCCAUUCAUCUGACGGAUCAGCUCCUCCCCAGCGCCGUGUUCUAUGCCACCGUGGGGCCCCUGGUGGUCUACUUCGCCAUGCACCGUCUCGUCAUCAGACCGUACCUCAGGGCUCAGAAGGAGAAGGAGCUGGAAAAGCAGAGGGAGAGCACAGCCACCGACAUCCUGCAGAAGAAACAGGAGGCAGAGGCUGCAGUCCGGCUGAUGCAGGAAUCCGUCCGAAGGAUCAUCGAGGCGGAAGAAUCCCGGAUGGGCCUCAUCAUCGUCAACGCCUGGUACGGGAAGUUUGUCAACGACAAGAGCAGGAAGAACGAGAAGGUGAAGGUGAUUGACGUGACCGUGCCCCUGCAGUGCCUGGUGAAGGACUCGAAGCUCAUCCUCACAGAGGCCUCCAAGGCCGGGCUGCCCGGGUUCUACGACCCAUGUGUGGGUGAAGAGAAGAACCUGAAAGUGCUGUACCAGUUCCGGGGGGUCUUGCACCAGGUGAUGGCGCUGGACAGUGAGGCGCUCAGGAUACCAAAGCAGUCCCACAGGAUUGACACAGACGGAUAAACUGCUCGAGAAACCAGAUUAAAAGGCUGCAAAAAAUCUUCCUGGGAGUCUACAAAUUUGGAAGCAGGGAAAAAACCAAGACAUCAAAUGUGUUUAUUUUAUAUUAUUCCUAUAGAAGGUGGUACCGUAUCAAUUGUGUGAAGGGACAGACACCCCGCUUUCAUGGGUGCUGUGGGUAAGACUGAGGCAGCCCUACCUGGACCAGAACCACGGCACAGCCGUUCUGUUUCCCAAGGAUCGUGUCCCCAAGGGAAGGGCCCUGGGCCCCCGAGCGCCUCUGGGUCCCUCCCCGUGUCUUCAGCACAUGCUGACUGCAGCCGCCCAGAAGCUCACGGUCUGCCCUGAGGCCACUGGAACGUCCUGCCCGCACACGUGGGGUCGUGGACUGUUUUUCCUGAAACCUACACUGAACAUGGCAGGGAAAGAACAGAGGUCUCCUGUCAAGUGAGCGUCUGUGUGAUCAACUUCCCCAGAACCACCUUUUCCUGCUGAAAUACGGAGAGGAGUGUGGGUUUAUAAAUCUGCUCUGUCUGAGAACAAAUGGCUUGGGCAGUUAGUCUCUUUUUUCCCCCAGAACUUCUCGAAUCAUUCCACUGGCACCUGGCUUGGGACAGGAUAGUGUGCCUCUGGUUCCCAGGGCCCAUCCUUGUCACGGGUCACUUCCUUCCAGGACACCCCCUCCUUGUGGGGAAAGGGGCGUGUCCCUCUCCCCCGCUCCCUGUGGCUCAGCCUAACCUGCUUGUGCUGCACACCACAGUGCGGUGUUGGAACGGAGAGGGUCAGGCGAGGGGAAGCAUAGCCCGGCCUGGAGCCCCUGCCCAAUCUGCCCUGGAGCUGAGCCCUGGUGUGUUGCUUGCUCACAGCCAGCAGGUGGCGCUGCUGCGCCCCGCCCGGUCUGGCCCAGCUCCCUCCUCACAGGGGACCUUUCUGGGUGUCUGUUCCCAAGACCUUCCUCCUUCACUGGCCUCUGUGGUGGAAGCUCCCAAACCACCGGGUCUGAUACCUGUUACAAGCAGAGGCCCGAUGGCGGGGUUCCGGCAGCUACCAGCCGCUGGUACCAGUGGAAUCACUAAUAACCCCCUUCCUCCAGUUUUUAAAAAUAAUUCAAGUUGUCCAAUCCUGCGAUAUUUAUCUCCAUUCUAAAAGUUCUCCGAGUUGCUCUGAAUGUGAACUGUGGAGUAAGCGUUGCGUUCCAGGAGU